AUGUCGAACGCCGGCUCCGAGUGCCUGCAGAGCUGCGAGGUGGCCUGUUCCCAGCCCUGUGCCUACAGCAGGAGCCUGGAGCCCUGCGUUGCCUCCUGCGGAGAUUCCAGAGCCGUGGUGUUCCCUCCUCCCGUCGUCAUCACCUUCCCGGGCCCCACUCUCAGCACCUGCUCCCAGGAGAGCAUCGUGGGAGCUUCCCAACCCAUGCUUCUUGGUGAUCCGGUCCCAUACGUCUCCGAGGAAUCCUAUGGAGCGGGGGGCUCCUUUGGGCCCGGGGGCAUGGCAGGGGCAGGAGGCUCCUUCGGAUCCAGGAGCUCCUUUGGCUACGGAGGCUCCUCCGGGAUCGGGGGUGCCUUUGGGCGUGGGGGUUCCUUUGGUUCUGGAGUGCAGAAUUCCUGGGGGUCCUGUGGCUACGGGGGCGUGCUGGGAGCAAACGGUUCCUUCGGAUCUGGGGGUGCCUUUGUCUCCGGAGCCUCCCCGGCAAAGGUGGGCUCCUGUUAUGGCCUGAGGUCCCGCAGGAGCCGCCUGGGGAACUGGGGCUCAUGCUAA